GCGGGGCCGCUAGCGCUCCGCCCGGGGUCUGGCGUUUAUUGCUCUGCGCUGGCCGGCCGGUGGCGGCUGCGGUGUUGGGGUCGAGAUGUCGGGGCAGCAGGCGGGUGCAGAGCAGCGGCGCGAAGAGCCGAGCGCGCCGACCUCGCCGCCCUCCAGCUUUGUGCUGGGGCUGGACGUGGGCAGCACGGUGAUCCGCUGCCACGUCUAUGACCGGACGGCGCGGGUACGAGGCUCCAGCGCGCAGAAGGUAGAAAAUGUUUACCCUAAACCUGGCUGGGUUGAAAUCGAUCCUGAUGCUCUCUGGGCUCAGUUUGUUGCUGUAAUAAAAGAUGCUGUCAAAGCUGCUGGGGUGCAGAUGAACCAAAUUGUCGGUCUCGGCAUAUCAACGCAGAGAGCCACUUUUAUUACGUGGAACAAGAAAACAGGCCAUCACUUUCACAACUUCAUUAGUUGGCAAGACCUAAGGGCAGCUGAACUUGUAAAAUCCUGGAAUAAUUCUCUCAUAAUGAAGCUGUUGCAUGGAGCCACCCGAGUCCUUCAUUUCUUCAGUAGAAAUAGAAUGAUGUUAACAGUCAGUCGCUUUAAUUUCACCACCCAGCACGUCACCUUAAGAUUGACCUGGAUUUUACAAAACCUGUCUGAGGUGAAAAAGGCAGUUGAAGAAGACAAUUGUUGCUUUGGGACAAUUGAUACCUGGCUGUUACAUAAGCUCACAAAAGGUUCUUCCUAUGCCACGGAUUAUUCAAAUGCCAGUACAACUGGAUUUUUUGAUCCAUACGCGAUGUGCUGGAGCAGGCUCGUAACCACCAUGGUCUCCAUCCCACUGUCUAUCCUGCCUCCCGUGAAGGACACAAGCUAUAAUUUUGGAACAGUGGAUGAGGAGAUAUUUGGCAUGCCUAUACCAGUUGUUGCCUUGGUUGGCGACCAGCAGUCGGCCAUGUUUGGAGAGUGCUGCUUUGAGGCAGGAGAUGUGAAGUUAACCAUGGGAACUGGAACGUUUCUGGAUAUCAAUACUGGAAAAAUCCCUCAGCAUGUUAAUGGAGGUUUUUAUCCACUAAUUGGAUGGAAGAUUGGGCAAGAAAUUGUGUGUUUAGCUGAAGGCAAUGCAGGAGACACGGGUACCGCCAUAAUAUGGGCUCAAAAAUUAGAGCUCUUCACAGAUGCUGCUGAGACUGAAAAAAUGGCCCUGAGCCUGGAAGAUUCUGAAGGGGUUUAUUUUGUUCCAUCUUUUAGUGGACUACAGGCUCCAUUAAAUGACCCCUGUGCCUGUGCCUCUUUUAUGGGUUUGAAGCAUUCCACUAGUAAAUACCAUCUCGUCCGAGCAAUAUUGGAGUCAAUAGCUUUCAGGAACAAACAGUUAUAUGAUAUGCUGCAGAGAGAAAUCCAGAUUCCGGUCACGAAUAUUCGAGCAGAUGGAGGUGUCUGUAACAACGCUUUCGUCAUGCAGAUGACUUCAGACCUGAUUAACGAGAAGAUAGACAAACCUGCCCAUUUCGACAUGUCCUGCUUGGGUGCAGCCUCUCUGGCUGGCCUUGCUGUGGGAUUUUGGGCGGACAAGGAAGAGCUACAGAAGCUGAGGCAAAGUGAGAUGGUUUUCAAGCCUCAGAAGAAGUGGCAGGAGUACGAGGUGAAUAUGCAAAACUGGGUGAAAGCUGUGAAGCGCUCUAUGAAUUGGUAUAACAAGACAUAACCCUGAGGAGCCAAAGAAAACCUGCAGGCCAAGUGACAGGAUGUGCCAAUGGGAGAUGCGCAGGGAUCACACCAUACCACAGUGGCCGGGGGGAAAAGGUUCAAAAGGAGCCUCACCGGCUGAGAGAAGAAGCCUGGCUCUUUUUUUUUUUAAAAACAAAACAAAACAAAAAACCUCACAUACCAAAAAAAAUACUAAUUAUUUUUUUAAAUCCAAAUCUUCGAGAAAUUUUUAGGCAACAACACCUCAAAAUUGUGUCUUCUUUCUUCUAGCGAUUUCCAAAGGACAUUGUUCACUCCCAACUGCCAUUUCAGAUAGACUUGUGAGUCCCCUUUUUUUAUACGAGGUCAAUAGCAAAUCUGUCAUAGUCAUUUACCCUAAUGGUUCCAGAUCAGGCACCAUCACAUUUUGUUAAAAAUGAUGAAAUGUUUUCUUAAAUUUAAAAUCAAGAGGGCUUUUUUAAAUACACAUAGCUAAAAACAGAGGGGCGAUCGAGAAAACGUUUUAUGUGUAAAGCCAUUAACUGUUAAGUGUCAUAUCUAAUAAGCUCUGAUGGUACUCCUCGAAUGACCUUCUCAGUCAGCGCUUUCCUUUGUCGUGCAUAAAGACGCUGCCUUAAUUCUUCUGCACAACCAAACUCUGGGCUGUUUGGUUGUUUUCCGUUUGAGGUACAGUGUCACCACAUAGACCGGGCUGGCUUGCAACUUGAGAUUCUCCUUCCUCAUCUCUCAGAUUCUGGGAUUCUAGGCAUGUACCAUCAUGCCUAGGUGGGCACUCAGCAUACACUGGGGAACACACCUUAGAGAGUGGACUGAAAAGGAUAGUGAGGCUAGGCAUGGUGGCAAAUAUGGGGACUUUCAAGGCUGAGGCCACGGGAGUGUGAGCCUGGAGCCUAUCCCGACGAUGCAGUGAAUUCCAGGCAAUCUGUCUUUGAAAAUACCUUGUUUGUUUGAGAGAAGAUCUUGCUGUCUAGCCCAUGCCAGUUUCUAACUCUUGAACCCCACUACAUAAGUCUCCAGGGUUGUGUGUAACAUUCUAUUUUUAUAAAAUGCAAGCAGUUAAUGUAAAUCUUUCUUCCUAGUUCUCUAUCUUUCUUGACUUGUUGAAAUGCUUGCACAAAUGUCCCCUUUUUAAAAAGUGCCUACUUGACAGAGUUUAAUUAUUGUUAGUUUUGCUUGUUUGUUUGUUUAUUUUGACAACAGACUCUCAUUAUGAAGCUCAGGCUAGCCUAAAACUCCAGGUCCUCUUGACGUAGUCUCCUGAGGUGCCAAGAUUGUGGAGUUUACUCUGAGGUACCCUAGCUUAUCAGUAACUUAAGAAUUGCCUUCCUGGGUUACUUGAUGUGGCUUUUGGUGUUUAUCCUGCUCACCUCUGAGAGAUUAGAGGUGGAUAGGCUGGGGGACAAGGUGAUGGAAUGUGUCUUGGUGAAGAUGGCUGUAAACCAGUCAGCCACUGAGCGGCAGUCCCACGUUAGGGAAAACUUCAUGGCUGGAAGCAGGUAGAGGAGUCAGUAGAGAGAAGC